AUGGCGUCGCCGUCGUCGUCGGCGACUACAAACGUCAUGCUAGCAAUCUACGAGAAGAAGACAGUGUCUAUUGACCUCUACCGCCCGCUCCGCAACUUCAUCGUCGUCCACUACUCCGAGCGGGAGGCUCAGAGCCUCGAGGACGACCUCGAAACGCUCAGGGAGCUCCGCUCCGAGCUCGAGCGUGGAAUCUCAGAUUCCCUCCCCGCUCGCCGCGAUCUCCUCCAGAAGUACUUUAGAGCUCUCUGCGCCGUCGAGUCUCGCUUCCCUAUCUCCGCCGACAAGGAUCAUAUCAACACGGUGACGUUUACCUGGUACGAUGCCUUCAAAAACAAGCAGAAGGCUGUUCAGCAGAACAUUCAUUUGGAAAAAGCUGCGGUUCUGUUUAAUUUGGGGGCAGUUCAUAGUCAAAUGGGGCUGAGUUUUGAUCGAUCAUCUGUUGAUGGGAGAAGGCAGGCAUCUCACUCAUUUAUAGCAGCAGCUGGGGCAUUUACUUUCUUGAAAGAUAAUGUGGCAAUGAAGGCAUCUACGGGGAACUCCACCACUGUGGAUGUGUCUGUGGAGUGUGCUGGGAUGUUGGAAAGGCUGAUGCUGGCUCAGGCUCAGGAAUGUGUUUUUGAGAAUACUAUUGCCAAGGGAAGCACUCCUGGGGUUUGUGCAAAAAUUUCUAGACAGGUUGGGAUAUUUUAUGAAGAAGCUUUGUCUGCAUUAAAUUCGGCACCUCUGAACCAGCAUUUUGACAAAACCUGGCUAACACAUGUCCAGAUUAAGGCAGCCUUGUUUUAUGCAGAGGCUUGUUAUAGGUAUAGUUUAGAACUCCAUGAGAAAGAAGAGAUUGCUGAGGAGAUUGCGAGGUUGAAGUGUGGGAUCAGUGCCUUGUCUGACACAAAAAAAUCAUCACCGAAGGGGGCUAUGCAGCAGCUAAUAGAUGCUGCAAAUAAAUUAGAAACCAACCUAAAUCAUAACCUGGAGAGAGCUGUGAAGGAGAAUGAUAGAGUUUAUCUCAUGAGGGUUCCUCCAGCUAGUUCUUUGACAGCUCUUCCUGCAUUUUCAAUGGUCAAACCUAUGCUAAUGAAUGAGGUGCUGGAUGCAACCAAGGAAAAGAUGUUUUCCAGUCUUGUUCCUGAUAGCAGUGCCAAAGCUCUUUCUAGGUAUACUGAAAUGGUUGAUGAUGUCAUCAGGACUCAAGCUGAGAAACUACAACAGGGAAGUGAACUAGCUCGUGUGAGGCUUAAGGAAAUGGACCUGCCUGAUUCAAUUCUUGCCUUGGAGGGAAAUUCCACUUUACCUAAAGUGCUGAAAGAAGAUGCAGAGGCAGUACAAAUUUGUGGGGGUCCAGCUGCUUUGGAAGGUGACCUUGAACAACUCAAAGAUCUGAGGAGGGUGAAUCAGGAGCUGCUUGUCCAAACUGAGGAACUUUUGCAAAAGGAAGCAAUGGAGGAUGCUCAAUUUAGAAGCCAAUUUGGAACACGUUGGACUAGGCCUCAAUCUAGUACCCUAACAAAGAACUUGCAGGAAAGAUUAAACAGGUUUGCAGCAAAUCUGAAGCAAGCAACAGAGAGUGAUGCCAGAAUUGAGCGAUCUGUGAGGGAUCAUGCUGUGCUCAUGUCAAUACUUGACCGCCGUCCAAUUGAAUCUGCACUUCCAACCCUUGCAAGGCCAAUGAUGUCUCUAGAUGCCAAUGAAGAUGCCAUAGUUGGAGUGCUGAAGCAGAGUUUGAGGCAGUUAGAAAGUCUUGGUGCUCAGAGGGCGGGCCUUGAAGACAUGUUGAAGGAGAUGAAGAGGAAGGAUGAUAUCCUUCCUAAGUUGAUGACUUCUACAGGCUCUCAUGAAGAUCUUUUCAGAAAGGAGAUAGGGAAGUAUGAUCACAUUUGUCAGGAUAUUGCGCAAAAUAUUGAGGCACAAGAACAAUUACUGAUGCAAAUUCAGGCUCAAAAUGACGAGUUUGCUUCAAUUUUCAAUCUUGUGGAUUAUAAGGCAACUUGUGAGAAGAUCUACAGGCAGAUUGAGGCUGCCAUCGCAAAAUAUCGAGAAAUCAAGGAUAAUGUCAAUGAAGGAUUGAAGUUCUAUGUUACUCUUCAGGAUGCAAUCACAAAUGUGAAGCAGCAGUGCAGUGAUUUUGUGAAUACUAGAAAUAUGCAAUGCCGGGAAAUGAUUGAUGAAGUCCAGAGAAAAAUUUCCGGCCUCAGUUUUCAGGACUCUAAACCUUCGGGUGCCUAUAAUUACCCUUCGGUAGGGCAACUGAAUUCUCAACCUACCGGCCCCAACCCUCCUCCGCUUACCCAAUCUCCUGUCUACCAGCCUCCUCAGCAGCCUACAGUCCCCAGUUACGUUCAUCCUCCUCAUCCUCAUCCUUCUCAUCCGCCUCCCCAUCACGCUUCUCAUCCGCCUUCCCCGUACGCUACUCCUCAACAGCCACCGCCGCCUUAUCAUUUGCCAGCUCAGAGUAUCCCAUACCCACAUCCUCAAUACCAACAGCAGCCAUUACCCAGCCACGAGUAUGCUCAACCUGCAUAUCCCGGGUGGCGUGGUCCAUACUAUAAUGCACCUCCUCAGCAACCGGGGUCUAUGCCUCGACCUCCUUACACCGUUCCUCCGUAUCCUCCUAACCAGAAUGGCUACUACAGACAAUGAUGGUCAUUUCCUUGUGAAUUUGGAUGGUGCCUGAAAAUACUUGUAUGUAUAGGGUGCUCUCUUUGUAGAACUGAAAUUUAGGGCACUUUGAGUCUGUUAACAAAUUUUUAGAUUUUGUAAAAAUGUGGCAUUAGCUAUAGAAACAAUAAUAAGCCACUGCUAUGGAGUAGAAAAUUGAUGAUAUUGAAUGCGUUGUUUGUCAAUAUAUAUAAUACUAAGCUACAGGGUAGUAGCCAAGUGCCCAAGUAGGCAAAGAGGCAAUUAUUAUACCA